AUGAAUUUAAUCGCUAGUGUGCAAGAUAAACUCAAGCAAUAAGUGCCAACUGAUAAAUAACUUUAAAUGAGUCAUUUCGCAAGAUUGGUGGAGCUAUUGAAUGAAAAUGCAAAAAAUUAAUAAAUCUCAGAUUUGAACUAAAUAGUACAAGCACUCAUUUAAUUUUCAUUUCCUCAGCAUACUUAUUAGAUGAUUUGUAACUCUCUCUCCUUAUUGAUUGCCAAAUCAGGAAAUGAAUAAAUUAAAUAGGUUGUUGAGAUUUUAUUGCAACAUAUAAACAAGAAGGGAUCACUUAAGAGUAUUGCUUUGACUUUACUUGUCACAUUAAUUCAACUUACUAAACAUGAAAUCCAAUCCUUUUCCUACACUCUAACCUAAGAUAUUAGCGCUGCUUUGAUGAAGUUGUUAAAGAACUCUGAUUAUCGUUUGACUCUGUGCAAUUCAUUGCAUUUCUUAAUUGAAUCGUAAAAGAAUGAAAUUCUAAAAAUAUCCCUCAAAUUUACAUUAAAUGAAAAACAUGAGGCAGUUUAAUAAGCAGGAAUGCAAACUCUAAUACAUUUAAUGGAAUAGGAUGUGGUAUCAGAACAAAUGUAUUUAAUAGCUUAUAAAUCAGAUGACUCGCCCCUAUUUUAUAAAUUUUUUUCUAGAUACUUAUUUUAAUAAUAGAAUAUAAUGGCUCUAACAAAAAAGGAUAAAUUAAAGCAAUAGGUACAACUUUAACCCAGAGAAUAAGCAUAAAAAAUAUUUCAGCUUUUUGAUGAAAACUUAUCCAAAUUUCCCUCUAAUAUUGUUGGAAGCAUAUUCAUAGCAUAUAAGAAAUAUUUGAUCCAUGAAUUCAAGAAAUUAGGCCUUUCUAUUGUGAGAGGAUCUUUUGAAAUCUCCUGUUCAUAUUUAGGAUGUAUGGCAUUAGAAGAUCCAUAUCUACAUACAGUUUAUAAAAAAGCAGUUAACCUAUGUCUCUAUAUGGUUUAACAGGUUUAAUUGAAUGAAAGAAAGGAUUUAUUAGAGUAUUUCUUUGAUAAGAUUUCUAAGGCAAAGAGUUAGAAAUGGAAUGUUUAUAUAUAUAAGCUACUCUUGAAAGGAAUGAAUUUCUUAUUUGAUACAUUAGGUUCGAAUGUUUUUGAUGAUAAAAGAUCAAAGCCUUCUGAAUUUAUAGAUAUACUGACUCCUAUUUUUAAAAUCAAUGAUAUUUUAUAGCAUCCAAUGAGCAUAGAUAAGCCCAUCUGUAUUAGUGUGAGUAGAAAUUUAUUCAACACUUUUGAAUCAUUAUUCCAAGAGAAUAAAAAGUGGUAAUAAAGCAUUUUGUCAGCCUUACUUAAUUAUGCCAAAAUUACAUUAGCAGAACUUAAUGUUAAGGAAACCAAUUCAUUGAUAAAUUAAUUAAGAAUAUAAUGUGCAUUAUUAUCGAAAUUGUUCUCCUUGUUGGACUUAUAAUUGCAUUCAAUUUCAAGUGAACUGAUAAAUCAUUUAUGGGAAACAGCGAAGUCAUUUCUAGAUAAAUCCUCUUAAUUAAGAAGAAUUGGAUGGAUCACAAUUGCAGAGUUAUUGAUGGUUCCUUAUUUUGGAACAACUAAUAAAGUAAAAGAAGUUGGAAUAUUGAUUGAAAAAAAUCUAACUUCUAAGGAUGAGAUAAAAGAUGAAUAAUAAUUAUAAAGUUAUUGUAGUGUUGGCCUUGUCAUUAUUUCAAUACUGAAUAGUAGUACAUUAUCAAAAUAAAUUAAGGAUACAACUAGAAAGUUUUUGGCUUAACAAACUAUUUUGAUGUUUGCUAAGUUAUCAUAAUGUAAAUUCGAUAAGUAAUCACCAUUUGUGAUAUCUUCGAAAUAUGUAUUUUAUUAGGCAAUCAGAUAAAUUCAACCAAAAUAUUAUUCAAAUGAAUUAAAUUCACUUGUAUAAUUUUGUCUUGAAGAUAUAAUAAAUGGAAAUUCACUCUGGAAUUAAGUAAAUGUUCAUAAAAAUAAUCAUUAUGUUGAUGAACUUAUGGGAAUUCCUAGAUCAGAAUUUUAGUUAGUCUUGGCAGCUAGCAAAUUUUUAGGUCAUAUCAUUUCUUCAUAAUCGUUUACCCUCAAAAAUAAAAUCAAUUUCAUCAGAUAUGUAAAUGGUACACUACAAACACAAGUUGUGAAUAUAAAAGAUGUCUAAUAGAAGUAAUCUAAACAAUAAUGUUAUUUAUUUUGUCUUUAUUAAAUUGCACUUAAAAUUUAUUAGGCGAAUUCACUUGUAUCUCAAGAAUUCAAUGAACAAAUAUUUUAAGUUAUUAAUUUGUGUUAAUGUGUUGAUAAUUAAAUCCAAUAAUUAUGCGCCUACCUUUAUUGUUCAAUGUUAUAAAUUAAAGAUGUUGACCAAGCAGAAUAAUUAAACUAGUUGUUAUCAUAAAAGUCACAAGCUAAUUUCACCUAUUUAGUUUUAGAGAUUCUGAAAAAGAAGCUUACUGGAGUUUAAUUAUAAGUGCAAAAUCUUCUGAUGAAAGUAUUGUCAUAAAUGACAACUGAUGUUGCCAAAGUUAUUCAACUCUUUUAGUAGAUUGAUCCAAGUUUACUCAAAAACGUUUGGGUGUUCCUUGUAUUUGCAAUAAGUUAAAGUGAUAAACCUAUCUAAAUAUGUUAAUUUAAAAUUCUGUCUGAAAUUAUUUUGAAUUAUGUUCGAAAUGGUGGUAUUAAGGAUAAUUACUUUAAUAUCAUCUAUCAAGAAUGUAGAUGCAGACUGUAGUCAAAAUAAUUCUAAAUUUUAUAACUAGACUUUGCAUUAGAAUAGGACACAGAAUAAACUGUGACAAAAGCUGUUAAUUUAUUAUUAAAAAAGCCAUCUCUUAAAAUUGCAGUUUUUAUAGACUAACUAACUGAUAAAUACACUAUGCCUUCUUUAGUAUAGCCUAUUUUAUUUGUUCUAAAUAAUUUAUUUUCGAAUUAGCGAGUUCAUUCGACCUAAGAAUAAAUGGAUCUUCGAAAUUUAAUGAAAAAUAUUUUCAUUAAAAUUUAUAAUCAACCUAUUGCAGAGUUACUUCAACUUCUAUAGCCUUAUAUUUUAGAUGAAGUGAUACCUGAACAAUAAGAAAGAAUACCCAUCCACAUUAAAACAAGAAUCUUCCUUUUAAAAAGAUUGUAAAAGCUAUUUAAAUAAUGUGAUACAUCAGAUCAGGUAUUUGAUUUUCUAUUCAAAAUUACAACUUCCAUCUAUGAGGAAGCAAAGGAAAUAUCAUUUGAUAUGUUCCAACACUUUUUUUACAAGGAAAAGGACCUAUUAAUUUUUGCAGCUCAAAUAGAUUCAAUACUAUGUGAUACAAUUAGAAGAGAAAAUUAAAAUUCUCCUUCUGUAAACCUAACUAACAUGAAGCUUAUUAGUAAAUUUGCUAAAAUUGUAAAAGAUGAAUUUUUGGCUACUAAAUUAAUUUAAUUAUUAUCUAAACCAUUGUUAAAUGAAGGCAGAAAGAAACUGGUUCCUAGCUAAUUUUUUAGCGAAAAGUCAUAACUCAAUAUCCUAAUAUAAAGAAUUGUUUCAUUAGGAAGUAUCUAUAGAAAAUUACCAAACCAUUUUGAUUAAACUCUUGUAGAGUAGUUGAAAUGCUAUGUCGAAGAAUUACUGGAGGAUAUAUUUGUGAUUCUAUGUACGCCUAGAUCUCAUGUAAGGGAAUGUCAGUCUUAUAAUUUUGUCUAUAAUGGAAAAAAAUAUAGCUUUGAUCAAGGCUUUCUCCAUCAAUCGUUGCCAAAACUACUGAGAAUAUCAAACCUUGAUAAGCCUAUCCACUUUACUUUAAUUGGCUACAUUGUUACAUAGUAUGGAGCAUUUGAACAAAAUGAGAAUAUGUUCAAAAAAACCAUAGAAAAUCUUACAAAAGAAAGAAUAUUAUAAUGUAGAACUUAUAGAAUAAAGGGAAUCCAAUUAUUAACUGAAGUUAUCAACAAGAAUCCUCAUAAUCAAUUACUGAUUAAUGGAGUUCAAAACUUAUUACCUAUAAUCUCUGCAGAAGCGCCUUAUUCUUUAGUUAUUUGUUAUCAAUUUUAUUAAACCCUUAUUCAUCAUUAAAUUGACUUAUAAUUAAUCCUUGACCCUUUGAUUCAAAUCUAUUAAUUAACAGUAGAUUAGAACCUAAAAUUAAAUUGUUUAGCAUCUUUGUUAAAAAUAACUUAACAAAAUCCCUAGGCUUCAGAUUAAAUCAAUACUAUAUUUUGGGACUUUCUACUCACCUAAGCAUAUGAAUUCAUGAGAUGCACACAAUUAAUUUAAUUUUAUAAGGAUAAAAUAUAUAGUUUAAAAUAUAACGGUUAUAUUUAGACUAUUUUAUAAGCGAUAUCUGGUGCCUAAAAAAUGAGAUAGGAAGAUUAUUACAUAUUAUUAAAUUUAGAUGGUUUAAUCAACAAUCAUUAAGAUAGUUAGGGAUAUUAAUAAUUAAUAGAUUUGCAUUUUACAAAUCUGGUAUCGAUUGCCUUGGCGUUAAUCAAACAAAUUAAAUAGAAUAUAUAACCAAUAUUAAACUGUUUGCUUCCUGCAAUAUAUCGAAAAAUCUCAAAUAAGGAAUCUAAUUCAUAUAUAUUAAUAGGGAAGUUUUUAUUGCUCAGUUAUUUAUUGAGCAAUUAAAAAUAACAAAUAUUUCUGAGUACUUUCAGGAUUAUGGAUCUUUUCACAGAGGAAAACUUGGAUGCGUCUAUCAUUGAUGCUUCAAAAUAAAAUCUGAAAAUCAUAUUGUUGAAUACUUAGAUGAACUAAUUAAAUUUACCAGAUGACUUAUCUGAAAAAGUCUAAUUAAUAUAGGAUGAUAUUUAAAGGGAGAUUUAAGAAAAGCAAUAGAGAGAAACUAAACAAAAGCAGCCUUAGCAAUCGGGAUAAAUAGUAUUAAAGAUGUUUGGGUGA